AUGGGUAUGGCGACUGGAUUUAAGAGUCCCGUUACGCUAGAAGAAUGCCCUCAUGGUGAGAAGCUGGUUGGAAGUUCGGCGGAUAGAGGCAUCGGCCUCAUCAGAAUCGGGCAUUCAGGCGACCCUACCUACGAGAAAGAGUCAUUCCGGUCAGUUCACAUAGCGCUGAUGGAAAGUGAGUGCGACGGAUUCAAGUGGCAAAAUUAUCGCACAUACGAUCUUGGACCUGAACAUCCCCUUGAGGUUUUCGAUUUGUUCAUCCAGUGGUUGUAUACUCGAAAAUACCAAGAAAAGGAAGGCCUUGCGUGGUCUCUCGACAAGUGCCCGACUUUGCUAUCCUCUUCUCUGGAGAUUGACGUUACACCUUACUUCCGAGUAGACUGGCCCGUCAAGGCAGCCAUUGCCAGCUGGGAACUUGGCGUCACCUUACGUGCAAAAGGCUUCCAGAACUAUGCCAUCAAGCGUCUCUUUGAAGCUUUCUCCAGACCCCUCUCUCAGCCGCUGACACCAGCACUGCUCGCUUAUGUCUUCGAACGUCACCAGGAGAGCUUUGCGGAAGGCUCAUCGCAGCUGCAACUACUUCUCCAGGAUGUUGUCGUUCGCAAUUGGGGAGACACUGCUAUCAUUGACCACACAGCCCAAGAACUAUGGUCAUUCUUCCUCGGCUUAUGCCCUAGCUUUCGCGAGGACUUCGUCUCCGCAACGAAGCACUCGCUGGAGAAAAGGCAGGAGGAGGAGCUGGACUGUGCGAAGUAUCUCAUUCAUUAG